AUGUUUGGUUGUUUGUGCUCUGCAAAGGAGGAAGAACUGUUCCGCACAACGGGGCGUCUGCCGCCCUCUGCCGGGGGUGUGUCUGAGCCACCACAGGUGGUGGGCAUGAUCCCGCCAGUCUGCAAAGAUUUCCUGAAGGGAGACUGCCGCCGCGCAGGCCGCUGCAAGUUCCGACACCUAGGAGAGGAGGAACCCGAGGCCAAGCGACGGGCCUUGGAUGACGAGAUGGGCUAUCGUGUGCUGCAGCAAGAGAAUGCCAUCUUGCGCCGCAAGGUGGAUGACUUGAAGAAGCAGGUGGCUGACCUGAUGGCCACCAACGAGUUUCUGCUGGACCAGAACGCAGCUUUGCGGCUGAGCAAGCAGGCACCCGCUGGUACCCAGCCGCUGGGUGUGAUCCCAACAGCGGCUGCGUUGGGGCCCGUGGCACCACUGGGUGGCACAGCCGACCUGACUUCCACACCACAGAGCAUGACGCCCAUGAUGCCCGUGGUGCCAGUGUCCAUAUCAUCCAGCUUGCCAGCUUCCCUGUCACAGAGCCUUGCACAAACCAUAAUCACCAUGAGCAGCCCAUCAGCGCCACUGGUUUCCUACCCUGUCAUGACUCAAAGCCUGCGCCCAGUCAUUGCCCACCGCAUGACUCACUAGGCCCAUCCCAGGUGGCAACCAUACUCCCAAUCUCUCUUGCACUGGUCUGGAUCGUGUGAAGGGCAUGCCUCUUAAGUGAAGCAUGUGGCGAUGGAGCGAUUGAAGCUGCGCGUCCUCGUGCGACAUCUAGCUUUGAGACGUCACAUCUUGUUGGUACAGACAUUCUGCUGCUAGAUGGCAGCUGUAGUUGAUUCUAUUAGUUUUUCUGCUGUGGUGAUGCCCGCACAAAAUCCUGACAAGUGACAUGGAGAUCAUUCCCCCCCCCCUCCAGUUCACCCCAAGUCCCCUGGAUACAAACCAUUCCUUUUCGGUUUGUGUGGCAUGGACUCGCGUUUCAACUCACCAGCUCUCUUGCUGCCUUAGUUGUGUCUGACACCAAGUUAAGGUGGGAAGCUGUACGAUGAUUAUUGCGAGACCUGGUGUAAAUGUUGCAAGUGCGUGGCUUCAAAGAGAACCAGAUGUGUUCUUGUACUGCUGGCUAAAAAAAUAUUAUUGCCAACAUUCUAAA